AUGGGCACUUCCGUCUCUGCAGUUUGUUCGGAAUGCCGAGAGCCUCUCCAGAUACAACUGUACUACGUGCCCCACAAGGGUGAGGCUGAUCACGAGUUCAUGGUUCUGGCCGCUGAUCGCGAAAGGCGCCAGCCUUAUCACCGUGGUGUGCCCGAGGUCAUCAGCAACGACGUCCACAGUAAGGCGGGCACAGGCCCUAGAGUUUCUUGGCCUGUCGUUCGGCCUGUCCACGUUCUGGACCAACGACGGACAGAGGUUGCCGAGCCUCGUCGGGGCAUGUCGCUCCGCGUGCCCCUUUGA